AAAGAAUUAAAGCAAAGGUCAUAAAGGAGAGCGCAUGUGAUUGCAGCGUAUAGCUGUCGGAAUUUGACAGUCACAAAUACAACUUCUCACCCCUAACCUCACUUUCCACUUUCCCCUAAACACACACUCCUCUGUUAGUGUUGAAACCCUCGCUUCCCAAGCAAGAUGGUCUGAGUACUCCCUCCGCUGCCGCCGAUCGCCUCCGUUCAAUUCGUCCUCCGGCCCUCAUUUGUCUCCCGAUCGAAACUUUGAACCAUGGAUGAAAACUUAUCAGCUGCCACGAUAAUGGACUCCACAGCCUCUAAGAUACAACAACUUCAGAAAGCAUUCGCUGAGCUGGAAAGCCACCGAGCCAUCACUAUGAAUUUGAAAUGGAAACAGCUUGAAGAACAUUUUCACGGGCUCCAAAAAUCUCUGAAGAGACGCUUCACUGAACUCGAAGAACAAGAGAAGGACUUUGAAACCAAAAUAUUCGAAUCCAAAGAGAUUCUGGAGAAACGUAAAGCAGCCGUUGCUGCUAAGGAGCAAACUUCGCUCGAGAGGCUUCAAGAGAAGCGAGAUGCUGCGGUCUCGUCCAUUUUAACUGCCAUGGGAAAGCAUGAGAAGCAAGAGAAUCGAGUCGAAUCGCAAGUUCUUGAGGAAAAGACACCUAACGAACAAAAACCUGCUGAAAUUACGAAUAUCGAGGUGAAGUCUUAUCCGGAGUUGGUGAAAUUGUGCCGAGAGAUGAACUCUGAGGGACUUCAUAAAUUUAUAUCUGCCAACCGUAAGGAUCUCGUCACUUUAAGAGAUGAAAUUCCUGUUGCUUUGAAGGCUGCUGCUGAUCCUUUCUCUCUCGUGUUAAACUCACUCAAGGGCUUUUAUGGAGUCGACGUGCAAAACUCGGAUUCUAAAAAGGAUUCGAAUCUCUUAGGCAUUCGCCGAACGUGCAUUAUGCUGAUGGAAUGCCUCAGCAGUUUAUUCACGAAUGUGAAUGCUGACUCGCUUUCUGAUAUUAUAUCGGAUAAUUGUAAGGAGAGGGCAAAAGCUGUUGCCGAAGAGUGGAAGCCGAAGUUGGAUUAUCUUGAUGUUGAUGCCAGCAAUGGGAAUUCCUUGGAGGCCCAUGCAUUUUUACAGCUUUUGGCUACUUUUGGAAUUAAUUCGGAUUUUGACCAGGAUUGCUUGUCCAAAUUAAUACCAAUGGUUUCGCGCCGUCGGCAAACAGCUGAAUUGUGCCGUUAUCUUGGCUUGUCAGAUAAAAUGCCAGGUGUGAUUGAUGUGUUGGUGAGGAAUGGAAGACAGAUUGAUGCUGUAAAUUUAGCUUUUGCUUUUCAACGUACCGAUCAGUUUUCACCUGUUGCAUUACUGAAAUCCUACUUGUCUGAGGCCAAAAAAGCGCCAUCUUCCCCAAAACCUGGAAAUACAUCGCCUAGUGCCUCUCCACAGGCAACCCAAAAUGACGUGAACGAGAAAGAACUGUCUGCACUCAAAGCCGUGAUCAGGUGCAUCGAAGAUCACAAAAUCGAGCAUCAGUUCCCCGUGGGCCCACUCCACAAACAGGUGGCCGAGAUGGAGAAGGCAAAGGCUGACAAGAAACGGGCCACAGAAGUUUCCAAGCCACAGCCCAAAAGGCCCCGUGCAAAUGCCAUAGCCCACGGGCCUCGGGCCCAUAAUGAGAAGAACAACAACUACAGGUACCCCCCACAGCAUUACAUUUACGAGAGGCCGUAUGUCUAUCCGGGGCAUGUGGGCCCGCCUGCAGCCUAUAAUAGCUUCUCACCGGGACAUGUUAACUUCUUUGGGAACGGUGGUUAUCAGUAUCAAACCGCGUACUUGCACUAAUCCCACUAGGAUGAUGAUGAUGAUGAUUGAUUAAUGAGGAUGAUUUAUGAUGAUCCUCUUGACUAUUAGUGAUGACCUUUUAUUUCCUAUUGUGUAAUGCUGAACCUUUUUUAAGAGCUUUUAAUUAAGUAUUUUGAGGAGAAACUGAAUGAUGGGCAUUUAGAUUAAGCCUUGUUGAACUAAUUUUCCUAGCCUGUUGUGUUGUGAAAGCUAAUAUCCUCAUGUUGUAAUGGAUGUAUUGUAUUCUACCCUUUUUCUUUUUUUUUUUAUUUUUUCUUUCU